UACGCUGAUUCACUUAAAAUUAUCAAAACUAUAAAAUGUCUGAGAGAUUUACUGUCACAAAAUCUAAUGAUCAAUUACAGACGUCAGAUCGAAAUUAUGGAGCUACACGGUUUUUGGAUGAUUCAGGCAGACUGCAGGAUGAUGCUUGUUUAGAUCAUAGGGAAGGUACUCCAUUUGUGCAGGACAAUCUCUCAAGUUAUGAGAAGAAUCUCUUUUUAUACCAUGAGGAGUUGCCUGAAAGACCUAGAGUUGCUACACUUUUAAGUUCUUUGGCUAAUUAUAAUGUGGCAAUACCAAGUGUGUCAGAGGAUGCCAAAAGUGCUCCUAAGAAAGCCAAUUUAGGAACAGUAGCUGGUGUAUAUUUGCCAUGCAUCCAAAAUAUUUUGGGUGUCAUUUUAUUCAUUCGGCUGGGAUGGAUUGUUGGUACAGCUGGAGUUCCUCUUGCAUUUCUCAUAGUGUUCAUCUGCUGUUGUGUUACCUUUACAACAUGUAUUUCUCUGAGUGCUAUUGCAACAAAUGGCAUUGUUCCAGCUGGAGGGUCAUACUUUAUGAUAUCUCGAUCACUGGGACCCGAGUUUGGUGGAGCUGUUGGAAUUCUAUUUUACUUGGCUACUUCAAUAGCAGCAGCCAUGUAUAUCAUUGGAGCUGUCGAAAUAUUCCUGAAUUACAUUGCUCCAAGUUUAUCACUCUAUGGUGAUUUUCGUCAGGACCCAAACAUCAUGUACCAUAAUUUUCGCACGUAUGGUACAAUUUUACUGGCCAUAGUGGGAUUGAUUGUUUUCAUUGGAGUCAAAUUUGUUAGUAAAUUUGCUCCUAUUGCUCUAUUUUGUGUCGUUAUUUCCCUCAUAUCUGUGUUUGUCGGAGUUUUUACAAACUUCUAUGGAAAUGAUAACACAGAGAUUUGUGUGCUAGGUGAACGAUUGUUGGGCAAGGGAAACUACACUUGUUCCAAAGAUCAAAACGAUACUCGUUCUCUGUUUCACAUAUAUUGCUCUGUGAGUCUAAAUAAUUCUGAACUGUAUUCCUGUGAUCCUUAUUUUGAAAAAAGUGAAGCUAAGUUGGAAUCUGCCAUACCAGGAUUGUCUAGUGAUGCCUUACACACAAAUAUUCCAAGCCGAUUCCGUGACGAUGGAGCUUUUAUUUCCAAGUCGAUAAACUGGAAGGAUGAUAUUUCCUACGGUCAAAAAACUUACAAUCAGUUGAUGGUUGAUCUUACUACAUCAGUAACUGUAUUGCUUGCAAUAUUUUUCCCGUCAUGCACAGGAAUAUUGGCUGGCUCAAAUAGAUCAGGAGAUUUAGCAGAUGCUCAGAGGUCAAUUCCUGCUGGUACACUUGCAGCUCAACUCACCACUUCUGUUAUUUAUUUAAGUAGUGUUAUAUUAUUUGGAGCUACAUUUAAUAACUUAUUCUUGAGAGACAAAUUUGGAGAAAGUGUUGGUGGCGGUUUGGCAGUUGCUGACAUAUCCUGGCCUCAUCCUUUUGUGGUAAUCAUUGGCUCCUUUCUGUCGACUGUUGGUGCUGGGUUGCAAUCACUGACUGGUGCUCCUCGCCUUCUUCAAGCCAUUGCCAAGGACCAGAUCAUACCAUUUCUGAAAAUUUUCAAGCAUAGCUCAUCUCGUAAUGAACCCACCAGAGCAUUGUUUUUGACCCUUUUUAUUUGUGAAGUUGGAAUUUUGAUUGGAAAUCUAGAUCAUAUUGCCCCUAUUUUAACCAUGUUUUUCUUAAUGUGUUACAUGUUUGUAAACCUUGCUUGUGCUUUGCAAAGUCUUCUUCGAACUCCUAACUGGCGACCUCGUUUCAGAUAUUAUCAUUGGUCUCUUUCUAUGGCUGGAGCCAUUUUGUGCAUUGUAGUCAUGUUCCUUAGUAGCUGGUAUUAUGCUUUAACAGCUAUAGCUAUUGCUGGCUGUGUGUACAAAUACAUUGAAUAUGCUGGGGCGGAAAAGGAAUGGGGGGAUGGAAUUAGAGGAUUGGGAUUAUCUGCUGCUCGUUACAGUUUAUUAAAAUUAGAGGAAGGUCCUCCUCAUACCAAAAAUUGGCGCCCUCAAGUGUUGAUACUUUGCAAGUUGGAUGAUGAGCUGAAUCCAAAAUAUCCUCGCUUGUUUUCGUUUGCUUCUCAACUCAAAGCAGGUAAAGGGCUGACAAUAGUAUGUUCUGUACUGGAAGGAGCUUAUGAGAAAAUGUACAGUGAAGCUCAGGCUGCCAAACUAAGUUUGAAAAGGGCAAUGGAUGAUGAAAAAGUGAAAGGAUUUUCUGAUGUUGUUGUUGCUAAAGACCUGAAGGAAGGCAUAUGCCAUUUUAUUCAAUCAGCAGGGCUGGGUGGUCUUAAACACAAUACAGUCAUACUUGGAUGGCCUCAUGGUUGGCGACAAAAUGCUGAUGAAAAACAGUGGCAGGUUUUUCUCAAUACUAUACGCAGUGUUUCAGCGAGCAAAAACGCUCUUCUCGUCCCCAAAGGAAUAAAUCUUUUCCCCAGCAGUAAUGACAAGGUCUCGGGGAACAUUGAUAUUUGGUGGAUAGUUCAUAUCCUUUUCAAAUCAAAUGAUGGUGGCUUGUUGAUGUUGCUACCUUUUCUAUUAAAGCAACACAAAACUUGGAAAAAUUGCAAACUAAGGAUAUUUACUGUAGCUCAACUGGAAGACAAUAGCAUACAAAUGAAAAAAGAUUUGGCAAAUUUCUUGUACCACUUACGGAUUGAAGCUGAUGUUGAAGUUGUUGAAAUGAUGGAUAGUGAUAUAUCUGCAUAUACUUAUGAAAGAACAUUAUUAAUGGAGCAAAGAAGUGAAAUUCUUAAGCAGUUGAAACUUUCUUGUGGAAGAUCAAAUUUCAGUGAUCUUCAGAACAUUGUUGAUCAUCACCAUAAUCAAUCAAGUACGAGAUCAGAGACUAAAGUGAGAUUUAAUGAUGUCACAGAAGAAAUUAGAGAUGUUGAACUAAUAGACGUCUCGUCAGCAGAGGAUAAUAUGGACAAUGAGUUUUCAAGUUGUGGUGAUCCUGAUUCUUGUCAAGAGGCAGCUCAGAAAGAAUUCGACAGACUUCUGACCAUCAAACCGGAUGAAGCUAAUGUUAGAAGGAUGCAUACGGCCGUGAAGUUGAACGAAGUGAUUGUGGCUAGAUCUCAUAAUGCUCAGCUAGUGAUUCUGAAUUUGCCUGGAUUACCUAAAGGUUACCCAAUCAAAGCAAAUUACAUGGAAUUCUUGGAAGUUCUGACUGAAGGUUUGGAGCGGGUACUUAUGGUAAGAGGUGGAGGUCGAGAAGUCAUAACCAUUUAUUCCUGAUUCACCCAAGUAUUUGGUGGAAUGCUAUUGCAAUUUAGUCAUGACUGAAAUUUCUUUUGUACAUUACAUUAUGCUGUGAUGCUUUAAUUAUAUUAUUUUUAAUGAAAGAAUUCAGUAUGGAUGAUGUUUCUAAACAAGUGUUAGCUUUUGUUUGUGCUAGAGUAUUAUUGUUUUUUAAUAUUUACAAAUGUGAUACUUUUUUUUUUUUUUUUGGACAGCUACUCAUUCUUUCUUGUAUGUAAUUUUAAAAAGAACCUUUUGUUCAAAAAUGUUUUCAAAGUUUUGUUUAAAAGGAAGGUGCAUUUUUGACAAGUCACCAAAUUUUAUUUUUUUAUGAUGCUAAACUCAAGCUUUUUCCAUUAUAGCUUUAGAAAUUAGAAAAAAGGAUAAAAUGGUCCAGUGCUACAUUUUUAAAAAAGAAUAAGCUGAUGAUUUUUUUAAAGUAAAAAUCACAAAAACUUAGCAUUAAAAAUUGGAGGUGAGAUUAGCUUUUUAUAACGCAAUGCCUUCUUCUUGUAACAAAUAAAAUUAGUUCCAGUAAAAAAAAAAAGAAAAAAA